AUGGUGAAACCGUUGGUUUUGGAAGAGGCAUCGCUUUACCCCGAACUUUACGGGCUAAGAAGAUCUCACCGAGAAAGGAAAACCACGUCGAUUGUGGAGUCUGACUCAGAUUCAGAUCAGCAGCCUCAGCGGCGGAGGAAACGGAAAAUUGCAAGGGAUGACUUUGAUGAAGCCGAGGUCCAUGAUGAUGCUGACGAUGCUGAUGAUGAUGAUGAUGACGACGACGACAUGGACGAUGACGAUGAAAACAUGGGAAAUGACAACGACGGUGAUGAUGACGACGACGACGACGAAUUUGUGAUAAAUAGUAGGAAAAGGAAGUAUCUGUGUGGAAAGAAGAUGUCGUCAUCUAAGAAUUCGAAACGGGCUGGAAAGAAGAAGAAAAAGAGUUCCUCAGCAAAACCGGUCAACUUGUAUACACUGGAACUUAGAUUCUCAACCAGGAACAACAAGUCGGUCAAUUACAUUGUUGAUGAAGGAAAUGACGACGAUUUGUUGGAAAGUGAUUUUGAUGAUGGUAAUGUGGAUGAAGAUGAGGACCCAGAAAAUAGUAACUACUACUAUUAUCAGCAAGCCAUUGAACCGGAGAAUGAACGAGGCAUUGAUUUCGUGAUGGACCACAAGUUGAAUCCAGAUAAUGUGGAAGUGACAGAUGAACCGAAACUAGAUUACCUAUUCAAAGUGAAAUGGUCUGAUGCAUCACAUUUGCACAACACUUGGGAAACGUACAAAGACCUUAAAGAAUAUAAGGGAUUCAGAAAAGUCGAUAAUUACAUCAAACAGUUUAUUGUAUACGACAAUGAGGUCCGCAAAGAUCCCUUGACUACUAAGGAAGAUAUAGAGGCUAUGGACAUUGAAAGGGAGCGCAGGCGAGAUGAGCAAGAUGAUUACACCAAUGCGGAGCGCAUAGUAGACAGUCAAAGAGUUGAUAAUAAUGGUGAAAACAAAUUAGAGUAUUUAGUAAAGUGGAGAAGGUUAUAUUACGACGAGUGCUCGUGGGAGGAUGCCGAAGAGAUUGCAAAAAUUGCCCCAGAUCAAGUUAAAAAAUAUCAACAGAGGUUGAACUCAAAGAUCUUACCAAAUCUCUCGGUAACAUAUCCUGCGUCUCAAAGACCAAAGUUUGAGAAGUUAGUCAAGCAGCCAAUAUUCAUAAAGAAUGGAGAAUUGAGAGAUUUUCAACUAACUGGUUUAAACUGGAUGGCUUUCCUUUGGUCUAGAAAUGAAAAUGGUAUUUUGGCGGAUGAAAUGGGUCUAGGCAAAACAGUACAGACUGUUGCUUUUUUGUCAUGGUUGAUAUAUGCAAGAAGACAAAAUGGUCCCCACUUGGUUGUGGUACCAUUGUCCACUGUACCUGCUUGGCAAGAAACUUUUGAGAAAUGGUCGCCCGAUAUCAAUUGCAUAUAUUAUUUGGGUAAUGGAGAAGCAAGAAAAACCAUCAGAGAUUAUGAGUGGUACACAACGAAUGGGAAACCAAAGUUUAACAUUUUGCUUACCACUUAUGAGUAUAUUUUGAAGGAUAGAGUUGAAUUGGGAUCAUUUAAAUGGCAAUUCAUGGCUGUGGAUGAGGCACAUAGGUUGAAAAAUGCUGAGUCAUCCUUAUACGAAUCAUUGAAAAGUUUCAAGUGUGCGAAUAGGUUAUUGAUCACAGGAACUCCCUUGCAGAAUAAUAUCAAAGAACUAGCAGCGUUGUGCAAUUUCCUUAUGCCAGGGAGAUUUGUUAUUGAACAAGAAAUUGAUUUUGAAAGUCCAGAUGAGGAGCAGGAGCAGUACAUCAAAAAUUUACAACGAGAAAUAAAUCCUUUCAUAUUAAGACGAUUGAAGAAAGAUGUUGAAACCUCUUUGCCGUCGAAAACGGAGAGAAUUUUGAGAGUCGAACUAUCUGACAUUCAAACUGAUUACUACAAGAAUAUCAUAACCAAAAACUAUGCCGCCUUGAAUGCUGGAAACAAAGGCUCUCAGAUAUCUUUGUUGAAUGUGAUGAGUGAAUUGAAGAAGGCGUCGAACCAUCCAUAUUUGUUUGAUGGGGCCGAGGAGCGUGUUCUAGUGAGGGCCGGAUCACAUAGUAGAGAGAACAUAUUAAAGGGCAUGAUUAUGUCCUCGGGAAAGAUGGUAUUACUUGAGCAAUUGUUGACAAGGUUGAAAAAAGAGGGCCAUCGAGUUUUAAUAUUUUCUCAAAUGGUGAGAAUGCUAGACAUUUUGGGAGAUUAUAUGUCAAUAAAAGGUUAUCAGUUUCAGCGUCUCGAUGGUGGUAUACCGUCGUCGCAAAGAAGAAUAUCGAUUGAUCAUUUCAAUUCACCUGAUUCUAAGGACUUUGCGUUUUUAUUGUCUACAAGAGCUGGUGGGUUAGGUAUCAAUUUGAUGACUGCUGAUACCGUUAUAAUUUUUGACUCUGAUUGGAAUCCACAAGCUGACUUGCAAGCAAUGGCGCGUGCACAUAGAAUCGGUCAAAAAAACCAUGUUCUGGUUUAUCGUUUUGUGAGUAAGGAUACUGUUGAGGAGCAAAUUUUAGAACGGGCAAGAAAAAAGAUGAUUUUGGAGUACGCUAUUAUUUCUUUGGGCAUAACUGAUCCUAAUGCGAAAAAGAACAGCAAGACUGAGCCCUCUGGCAGCGAAUUGUCUCAAAUUUUGAAAUUUGGUGCUGAUACAAUGUUUAAAGAAAAUGACAAUCAACAAAAAUUGGAAAAUUUGAACUUGGAUGAUGUUUUGAGUCAUGCCGAGGACCAUGUAACAACGCCGGAUUUGGGAGAAUCAAAUCUCGGGUCAGAGGAGUUUUUGAAACAGUUUGAAGUUACUGAUUACAAAGCGGACAUUGAAUGGGAUGAUAUCAUUCCACAAGAAGAAUUGUCCAAGUUGAAAGAUGAAGAAAAGAAGAAAGCUGAUGAGCGAUACUUGCAAGAACAAAUUGCAAUGUAUUCUAAAAGAACUGCCGCUUUGCGUAAACUUGAAAAUGGUUCAACAAAUCCUAGCGAUUUUGAGGAUAGUGGAGAAGAGCUGAAAGUAGUUAAUAGAAGGCGAACAGCAACCGAUCACCAAUUAUCAGAAAAGGAGAUUAGAGGAAUUUAUAGAUCAAUUCUUAAAUGGGGUGAAUUGACUGGGAAGUGGGAGCAGUUAGUGGAGGAAGGAAGCAUCACUAACAAAAAUCCAGUUUAUAUCAAACACGCCUACAAUGAAAUUGUGAGUACUUCAAAGAAAUUGGUUAAGGAGGAAGAAAUUAGAAGAGCACAAGCACUUUUAGAUCUUGAGAGGAAAGCAAAAGAACAGAAGGAAAAUCCAGCAGCGGGUAAUGACAUUAACCAAACGGCAUUAUGGAUUGCGAAGAAAAAGGAAAAGAAAGCGGUGUUGUUUGAGUAUCAAGGAGUGAAGAAUAUCAAUGCUGAGCUUGUUUUAAGUAGACCAGUUGAUAUGCGGGCGCUUGAGAGAAUAAUCCCCAAAGACAAUCCAUUAGAAAUUCGAUUACCCAAGCAACCCAAAGCUGUUCAAGCUUGGACUUGUGAAUGGACAGCUAAGGAUGAUAGUAUGUUGUUGGUGGGGGUUUUCAAAUUCGGUUACGGAUCAUGGGUUCAAAUUCGAGACGACCCAUUAUUGGGCCUACAAAACAAGUUGUUUUUAGAAACAACUCCAGUAGCGGCUAAAAAUUCUGCAACCGCAACUGCAACUGCAACUGCAACUGCAACUGCAACUGCAACUGCAACUACAACUGCAACUGCAACUCCUGCUGGUGUAGAUGUCAAAGAUACCAAGAAAGUUCCUAGUGCUGUUCAUUUAGGUCGGCGAGUUGACUAUUUGUUUACGUUGCUACGUGAGGAUGAAGAUGGAAGUGAACCGGCUACUGCUACGUUGCAACGUAAAACCAAGAAGUCCGAAAGUGUCAACGGUAGGUCUAAAAAGGGAGUUAGAUCCGAAACCCCAGAAGGAAGAAUCCGCCAAACAAAACCCAAGGCGUCUGGUGUACACUAUUCGUCUUUGAACCACAAGGCCUUGUCAAAGAGUCCAAAUUUAGAAAGCCACAAAACACAACAAGAACAUCAAAACCAAAACCAACAUCAGCAUCAAAAUCAUCAAUAUCAUCAACACCAUCACCAUCAUCGCCAUCAACACCACCACCAGCAUCAUCAUCAUCAACAACAACAACAGCAAUCAUCUUUUUCACCUCUGAUUAUAAAGACCGAAAAAUUUGAUCUAGAGUAUGAGAGCAUGGAUGAAGCGGUUUGUAAGGCUGCAUUGCAUCCAGUAUACAAAUCCCUUCAUAAGUUGCAAAAGGGAAGUAAUGGCCUAGACAAACAUCAAUGGGCUGGCAUCUUAAAAGAAGAGUUGAUAAGAAUUGGAAGCCAUAUUGAUAAGGAAGUUGAAAAAGUUGACUCUAGUGAAAAAGCUGAUACAUUGGCUAAACACUUGUGGUCAUUUGCAAGGAUGUACUGGCCUAGUAAAGUGCCGAGUAAGAAAAUAAGUGAAAUGUAUAAACGAAUCAAGAUGAAAUCACCUACCAAUUAG